AUGGGUACCGGCAAGAAGGAGGCUGCGCGCAAGACGCGUCAGGGCAAGGUUGGCGAUGGCAUGGCCAAUGUCAAAGUCAAGGGCGAGAACUUCUACAGAGACGCAAAGAAGGUCAAGAAGCUCAACAUCCUCACCAAAGGCACUGCUCAGCGCAACGCUGCUGGUGACAUCACAAAAGCCGCCGUCUUCCAGUCGCGUGAAAGGCCCUCGGCCCGUAUCGAGCCCAACCGCAAGUGGUUCACCAACACCCGUGUCAUCUCCCAGGAUGCUCUGUCCGCCUUCCGUGGCGCCGUCCAGGCUCAGCAGAAUGAUCCUUACUCGUACCUGCUCAAGCAGAACAAGUUGCCUAUGAGCUUGAUCAAGGACGACGAGACCAAGAAGAACGGCUUGAAGCAGCACCAGGCAAAGAUUGCCGUCGAAACCGCUCCCUUCUCGGAUACCUUUGGCCCCAAGGCUCAGCGUAAGCGCCCAAAGCUCGCCGUCAGCUCUCUUCUCGACCUCGCUGGCGAGUCGGACAAGAUGCACGAAACCUAUCUCGACCGUCUCGAGCAAGCUCGCCUUGCUAGUGGUCUAUCUGUCGACGACGGACAAGACACCGAGGCCGACGGUGCUUUGACCGCUGCAAGAGAGGCCAUCUUCUCUAAGGGUCAGAGCAAGCGUAUCUGGAACGAGCUUUACAAAGUCAUCGAUUCAAGUGAUGUUGUCAUCCACGUCCUGGACGCGAGAGAUCCUCUUGGUACGCGUUGCCGAAGUGUCGAGAAGUAUAUCCGCGAAGAGGCUCCCCACAAGCAUCUUCUGUUCGUGCUCAACAAGUGCGAUCUGAUUCCCACAAGCGUUGCUGCCAACUGGGUUCGCCUUCUCGGCAAGGAAUAUCCUACUCUUGCAUUCCACGCCUCAAUCAACAACUCGUUCGGAAAAGGAUCCCUGAUCUCGCUUCUGCGCCAGUUCUCCGCUCUGCACUCAUCUCGCAAGCAGAUCUCGGUUGGUUUCAUUGGAUACCCCAACACCGGCAAGUCUUCCAUUAUCAACACUCUCCGCAAAAAGAAGGUGUGCAACGUUGCUCCUAUUCCUGGUGAGACCAAGGUCUGGCAAUACAUUACGUUGAUGAAGCGUAUUUACCUCAUCGACUGCCCUGGUGUCGUUCCUCCAAACAUGGGUGAUACGGAUGAAGAUAUUCUUUUGCGUGGUGUCGUCCGUAUUGAGAACGUCGAGAAUCCUGAACAGUAUGUCGCUGCUGCACUCAAAAAGUGUAAGAGACACCACAUCGAACGAACAUACGACGUUCGUGACUGGGAGACACCGACCGAGUUCCUCGAACUUCUCGCUCGCAAGGGUGGCAAGUUGCUGAAGGGUGGUGAAGCCGACAUGGACGGCGUAGCCAAAAUGGUUCUGAAUGACUUCCUUCGUGGCAAGAUCCCCUGGUUCACCCCACCACCAGCAUCUGCAGCCGCAUGGGCUGCUGCUGAGGAGGCAAAGGCUGAGCUUCAAACUGAGAUCAUCAAAAAGAGAAAGCGUGCAGUCACAGAUGAAGAUGGAGAAGCCGAAGAGGAAGAUGACGAAGAGGAGGUCGAAGACGAAGAAGAAGAGGGAGAAGAUUUCGCCAACUUCACAAGUGACGAGGAAGAUGAAGAAGCUGCUGGUGAGGGCGUCGCCAUCGAAGCGACCGAGGAAGGUUGA